AGCUAUCUACAGAUUCCUUGGAAUCUUCUGCGACUAACGAUUCUCAUGAUACUCUCAUAGAAAUCGACGAUAAAACAUCCAACGAUAUCAAGAUUUUCGACGCGCAUUCGAACGUGCUUCGCAAAAGAUGCGAAUAUUUCAAGGUCGCUUUAUCAGAAAAAUGGGCUACAAAGGUUGAUGAUAAGUAUAGGCUUCGAUUGGACGUUUCAUCCGAUGCCUUCAAGAUAAUCUUAAACGGUAUCUGUAGCGGAACAAUCGUUUUGUACAAUCCGGAUACGGAUCUUUUGAUGGAAUUGAUGUUGGUAUCUGACAUCCUACUUCUCCAUGGAUUUUUCGACAUUUUAAGAUCCAAAUUGGAUCAAAAGAAGGAUAAGAAUAAGGAAUGGCGUGAUGAAGAUAUUGUUUCCAUAUUAAAAACCUCUUAUCGAAUUCCGCUCCUUCAAGAUCUCUAUUCAUAUUGUCAAGAAAUCUUCGUAGAGAGGCCGUCGAUUUUAUUCGAUUCCCCAGCAUUUUCAUCGAUUGAUGAAGAAUUAUUGUUGUGUUUAUUAAGGCUGGACGUGAUUUACUUUCCAGAAAUCAAAAUUUUGAAUAAAUUGAUUGAGUGGGGCAUCGCGAACACCCCCG